CUCUUCCUCCUCAGAGUUUCUUCAUCAUGGCCAACUGGACCGACUGUCUGAACUUCGGCAUCUCGCUCUGCAAACAGGCCAGUGAGGUCGUCCUGACGGCGUUUCAGCAGCAGAAAGACGUGAAGUUAAAAAGUUCUCCAGCUGAUCUGGUGACAGAAACGGAUCAACGAGUCGAGAAGAUUCUGAUUGCUGCCAUCCGGAACCGAUACCCCGAGCACAGGUUCAUCGGGGAGGAAUCUGUGGCUGCAGGUGAGCGUGUGGAGCUGACAGACCAUCCCACCUGGAUCAUCGACCCGAUCGACGGAACUGUCAACUUUGUUCACAGGUUUCCGUUCGUGGCCAUCUCCAUCGCCUUCGCCGUCAACAAGCAGACGGAGUUCGGGAUCGUGUACAGCUGCGUGGAGGACAAACUGUUCUCCGCUCAGAGAGGACGAGGAGCGUUCCUGAACGGAGCGCCGCUGCACGCCUCCGGACAGGAAGACGUCAGCAGGUGUGUGGUGGUGACGGAGAUUGGGGCGGAGCGUGAUGACCUCGCUCUGUCCACCCUGACCUCCAACAUCUUCAGACUGCUGAAGCUUCCUGUCCACGGUGUGCGUGCGUUGGGGACGGCGGCGGUCGACAUGUGUCAGGUGGCAGCGGGCGGAGCUGACGCCUACUACCACAUUGGGAUGCACUGCUGGGACAUCGCCGCCGCAGCCAUCAUCGUUAAGGAGGCAGGAGGCGUCGUCAUGGAUACAGAUGGUUCAGAGUUUGAUAUGAUGUCACGGCGAGUCAUUGCUGCAAGCUCCGACGCCGUGGCCAAUCGAAUCGCUCAGGUCAUCCAGGCGUUUCCCUGUCGCCGCGACGAUGAGGACUCUGACAAGUGUGUCUGUGGAGCGCCAAGUGUGAACGGCGUGUAGGUCAGCUCAUAAGCCAUACCUGUAAACGUGAUGGUCCUCUCUGUACUU